AACAGCAGUCAUCGGAUGACGGGAGCUCUUGUGCAAUGAAAACCAGCCGACAUGCAGUCGUCAGCUGAGAGGCCCUGACAAAAGGAUCAGUCAGCCGGUCACAAGUGCCAUCCCCGCCGCAGUUAUGGCCAUUGCAGAUCUUUUGGGAGUCCAAUUCGACAUGCAGCUGCUACUCAAGAUGAGUGUUUCUGUAGCGACAGUGCUUCUGGUGUCGUUGGCCUACAGGUUCUACAGCUCCAGAUACACCAAAGAAAGCCCUUUGCAGGAUAGCAAAGCACCACCGGCGUGCCAGAGGUGCAAGAAGACCCUGCAGGGCACUGACACUGAUGACAAACAACUCAGACCUUUGCUCGCCGAGGAUCCAUUACCUGACCCUACUAAAAAAACACAGGCAGAAGCUAAAGACCAUUGUGACGUGGCACACUGUGCUCAACAUAUCGGCAAAGAAACAGAGAUAUCUUCAUGUCAGAAGCCAGCAUCGGUUUCCUCCAGGGACAAUUCAACUGGAUCUUCUCUGGACCUUCAAAACCAGAAAAAGAACGAGGUAGCCAGUGCAAAAGGCAGACGGUCCCCUUGCUUUUUGAAAAAGUUGGAGGGCUGUACGGGUGUGGGGAGGGAGCUGAGACAGGACUUGGAGCGACACGGGAUCUACUCGACCUUCCUCUCCAAGGCGGAGAUCAGUGUGGAAGACGCCAAGCUGGUAGUGGACGGUUCAGAAGAACAGAUUGUGCGUGGGAAGAUAUAUGAAUACUACGUGGAGACUUCUCACUUUUCCACAGAUCAGAACACCCAGUUGGACCCUGACACCACUGAUGAAGCCUGCUAUCUUGAGAACCAAAAGCGAAGGUCCUCUACAGGGUCUGUACCCUUACGGAAGCAAAGCUAUUUGGCUGCUGCGGAGCAGUCAGAACUGCCAAGUUCACUUUCUCCCUCAGGGGGCUCAACCAGCACCAGCCCCCUCGAGGUCAGCCCUUUCACAAACAAUACAUGCCUCAAUGUGAGUAACGUGUCUCAUAUAGAAGCUGGACCAGGGAGUCCUUUGUCAUACCUUUCAGCUAAAACUCCAGAUUUUGAAACCCUAAGAAAUCAACUGAAUUUGGGAAACUGUUUAGAGGCACUUUUCCUUGCCAAGAGACAUGGGCAGAGCUCUGUGGAGCAAGCAGCCCUCACCGUCAUGUCCGAUAACUACCUCCAGGUCCUCCAAGAUGCCGACCUUUAUGGGCGGCUCACCAAUGCUGAGCGGGAACAAAUCCGGAGGCAGCGAGCAAGAGGGAGAAGAUUCAUUAUGGUGGCAGAUGUGGACCCUCAAGACUGGUCAAAGAACACCGCAGGGAUGAGAAGAAGGUUGAGCGCUGUGCACUAUUACAACGACGGUGUCAACGCCUGGCACACCCUUUGCCCUAUCCCACAGGAAGUCAUCAGCAAAGCCUGCGCCAUGUGUACGAUGGAUAAUUACUUAUUUGUCGCAGUGGGAUGCCAAGCCACAGACAGUGAAAUUAGUCCCUCCAAACGAGUGUUUUGCUACAAUCCUUUGACAGAUAUUUGGAAGGAGAUCAGUCCCAUGAAUGAAGCCAGGCCUCGCUGUAAACUGGCAGCACUGGAUGGCUACAUCUAUGCCAUCGGGGGAGAGUGCCUUUCCUCAGUGGAGCGCUACGACCCGCGUUUGGACAGAUGGACUUUUGUGGCCCCUUUGCCUAACGAUACAUUCGCGGUGGCCCAUCAUGUGACGGUGUGCAACGGAGAGCUGUUUGUUUCCGGAGGGAGUCUCCGUUACAUGCUGAUACGCUACAGCCCCAAAAUGGACACGUGGAGGGGGAGUCUGCUGGCAAGCAACAAAGACAGGACCGUGGACAUGGUGGCUGUGGGAUCUUUUCUGUAUCGUUUUGAAGUCAACUCCGUGCUGGGAGUCAGCGUGUACCGCUACCACACAGUGGCUCGACUGUGGUACGAGUGCGACACCAAACGGCUGCCACGAUGCCCUGCCUUCCAGUGUGUGGCGAUGGGCGACACGGUCUACUGUGUCAGUCGGCACUUUACCCUGACAUUUGAGGCCGAUGAGAUCUCCCCUGCUUUCACAGAGGACACUUUGACCGUCCCCCCUGCAGGCACGGGCCGACUUGUCCCCUUUGUCUUGUCACUCCCGGAUAGGAAGCCUCUCCAGACCAGUGUGUAGCGCAGAUUCAGUUUUGCAGGGAUGAUACAUCAAGUUGCUUUUUGACCGUGACUGUUGCUAGCUACGAGGUCCUAGAGGUGCAGAGUCAGACCUAACAUAUGCACGCUUAGUCUUGAGUGUCGGGUGGAUAGAUUGUGUUAACAUUGUACAUGCUCAACUCUACAUCAUUGAUGUUUAAUCCUCAAAAGUCUUACAUUAUUUAUUAAAAGGGUCAUACCGUGCA